AUGUGCUACGACUGCUACAUGUCCAUCUGCAAACCCCUGCACUACGGGACCCUCCUGGGCAGCAGAGCUUGUGCCCACAUGGCAGCAGCUGCCUGGGCCAGUGGCUUUCUCAAUGCUCUGCUGCACACGGCCAAUGCAUUUUCCCUGCCCCUGUGCAAAGCCAAUGCCCUGGGCCAGUUCUUCUGUGAAAUCCCACACAUCCUCAAGCACUCCUGCUCACACUCCAAACUCAGGGAACUUGGGGUUUCUGUUUUCACUACCUCUUUAGCAUUUGGCUGUUUUGUGUUUAUUGUCUUCUCCUAUGUGCAAAUCUUCAGGGCUGUGCUGAGGAUUCCUUCUGAGCAGGGACGGCACAAAGCCUUUUCCACCUGCCUCCCUCACCUGGCCGUGGUCUCCCUGUUUAUCAUCACUGCAGUAUUUGCCUACCUUAAGCCCCCGUCCAUCUCCUUCCCAUCUCUGGAUAUGUCACUGUCCAUUCUGUACUCGGUGGUGCCUCCAGCCCUGAACCCCUUCAUC